AUGUCUGAUUCUCCUACCUUGUCUGCGGGGCAUCGUCCUCUGCGCGAUCGCCUUUUACCCUCGUGGAUCAUCCGCUACUUCGCGCGAGGCCGCGCUUCGUCAUCGGCGCCUGUCGCAAGCUCUGCGAUCGCCUCGUCGACCACGGCGCCUGGCGACGACUCGGAUGGCCCUCAGCCUCAUCUUCGUUCGUCAGUGUCCACUGUUGCGACCUCUCCUUCUGCCUCGCCGUCUCCCGGCAAACGCUCAGGGCCGCGCGAGCGACUAUCGAUCUUGAAGCUAUACCGCCGUCUGUCGCGGGCGCUC